UGUGUGUACCCAGCACUGAGCAGACCUGUUCCUUGAGCUGAAAAUGAUGUGCGGCAUCAAGCGCGUGUUCCUGGCUGCUUCUAUUGCAAUGCUUUUGCUUCACUUCUGCAUCCAGUCAGAAGCAGCAAGCAGCUUUGAUUGUUGCCUCGGACACAGAUCAAAACCACUUCCCAUCAAAGGUAUUCGGGGCUUCACAGAGCAGCGGGCCAGUGAAACUUGUGACAUCAAUGCCAUCAUCUUUCACAUGAGGAGUGGGCAUUCUGUGUGUGCGGACCCGAAGAGCACUUGGGUGAAGAGGGCUGUGCGCAUUCUCAGCCAAAGAGUCAAGAAGAUGUAAAAACGUAAUGCUCUUUCUGAAUGAAAUUGGACAUGGCCCAAGAACAGAAGGGACCUGGGUGGCACUGGCGCUUUCACUAGCACAUCAUUUAGCACUGAUCCGAUUCACGCCUUUUGGACUUGUCCGGUUGAUGAAGUUGAUUCAUAUUGCAUCACAGUUUGCUUUGUUUAAGCAUCAUAUUAAAGUCAAGCUCUAUUUUAUGUUAAGUUAUUUAUAGCUAUAGGUUUUUGUGUUUAGAUAUUUAUACUCAAUUUCUCAUAAUAAGCUAUGGCUUUAGUGCAAGGUAUAACAUUGUAUUUGCAGGAAAACAACUAUAUGGGUCUUCUAAUAAAUAGUAAGCUAUUUUUUAAAAAAUCUAUUUAACUUUCCCUUGUGUAUACAAUUUUUUC